GUAAAUAAUCACGUGGAGACAUCAUGGAUGCUUCUGGGUUUGUUGUAGAUUAUUCUGGGUUUCAGUGCUGUCUUUAGCUAGAUGGUGGAGCAUUUUUGAUUUUCUUUUUCAUUUCCGCUGUGUCUAAACAGGAAAUGCUGUCCUGAAAAUAGGUGACAAGCCUCAGCUCAGCUCGCUUGUUUCACCACAGCAGCUCUGCGCGUGUGUGUGUGUGUGUGUGUGUGUAAGUGAGUACCUGUUCACAGUCUGCAGUCAGCAUCAUGUUCGUGUUGGUGGAAAUGGUCGACACGGUCAGGAUCCCUCCGUGGAACUUCCAGAGACAACUCAACGACGCCAUAGCUGAGGAGCUCAACAAGAAACUGGCCAACAAGGUGGUCUACAAUGUUGGUCUGUGCAUCUGCUUGUACGACAUCACUAAACUGGAGGACUCCUAUAUAUUCCCAGGGGACGGAGCCUCACACACAAAAGUUCACUUCAGGUACGUCGUUUUUCACCCUUUUCUCGAUGAGAUCCUGGUCGGCAAGAUCAAGUACUGCAGUCAAGAGGGAGUUCAUGUGACGAUGGGCUUCUUCGAUGAUAUUCUCAUUCCACCAGAGUCUCUUCAACAGCCUACAAAAUUUGAUGAAGCAGAGCAAGUUUGGCUUUGGGAAUAUGAGACGGACGAGGGGGCGCAUGACCUCUACAUGGACCAAGGAGAGGAGAUCCGUUUUCGGGUGACAGAUGAAGUUUUUGUGGACACGUCGCCGACGGGCCCAGCAACUGCAGCGACAGACACACCGGGGCAACCGGGACAAUCAACUGCGCCGCCAGCAGCGGAAAGCCUGGAGAAGAAAGAGGCACCGUACACUCUGAUUGGAACCAUCUGUGAGCCGGGGCUGGGGCUGCUGUCAUGGUGGAACAGUUAGCACUGCUGAGGAAGAGGAGGACAUUUGGUGGUAACAAACGUAUCGACCAUCAUGACUGAUCAGAGAGAUGGUUAGCUGGAGAGACACAGAGCCCUGUCGAUUGGGUACAGAAGUCAAGACACAAAGUCGAGCUGCUUUCUGAAGCAGGAUUCUGCUGGUGUGAAGUGACUGAUGAAACCUCUGUCACUUUGGGACUGAUUGUGUUGUAAAUACUGCUCUUAACAUCCCAGCUUCAUGUUUACAUGUAUAAUUUACCACAUAUUUAAUAACACAAUGACUGAUGGACAUUUACAUUCAUUUGGUAUAUUUUACAAACAAUAAUGGAGUAAUUAAUGAUUUGAAUCACAAUGUCAUCACUACUUUGGUAUGAUAGGUCACUCUUUAAUGGCUCAAAAGAAUUGCUGUUUAAAUCUGGGUUGAAAACUGAACGUCAUUUAUCAGUGAUGGAUACAUUUGUUUCCCGAAUCCUACGGACAUUCUUGAGUUUAAGGUGAGAGAAAUAAGGUUGAGUGUUUUUUUCCCCCAUUGAUAUUAAUUUACCUGUGGGUCAGAUUUCUAAAACAUUUGUAUCAUCCAGAUCCAAACAGGUAACUUUGCAACAAUAAGAAUGUUUUUUUCUGUGGGAGUGAAAUUUGUCAAAAGAUUUACUUUUAUUUGAAAUUGUAUCCCUACCUGAGGUUUUUGUGCACACAUCCUCUGUUUAUUUAAAUUUGUCUCUUAGUUAAAUGGCGUAUCAUCCACGUGAGUGGGCAUGAUAUGUGAAUUUCUCAUUCUGUGUGAUUAGAGGAAGCAUAUCAAAAAGGAUUAGUGACCAGCCUUUAAAUCCAACAGUUUGAAGGGCAGUGAAGGACACAGCGCUGCUCUCUGCACUCUGUUGGUCAGUUUGAGUUAUCAGCUCACACACAUAUGUGUUUGUUGUACAAUCUGAAAUGCAGUGGGCUGUGUUUCAUGUGACAAUUCCAUGGCCAGUUGAUGUUUGUCUCUGCUGUGUGUUAUGAAACUAGGUCCGACUGUUUUUUUGUUUUUUUAUCAACAAAAAUAGAUGGCAUGCAUGUGACCCCUAUUACAGAAAUAUUCCUGACAAAAAGCAUAGGAUGAAAUUAUUUACCAUGUAAAAAUAAAUACUGCCACUGAGUGCUCUCUCAGCUCACCUUGGGCAUUAAAACAGUU